AUGACUUGUCAAUUACAAGCGGCUGUACUUAAGGUUGAGCGCGAUUUAGCACUUGGCCACUCCCCCGAGGCUCUCGACGCCGUGGUUGCCGGAGCACGCCGGGCCAUGCAAUCUCAACUUGCCGACAGAGCAUCUCCAGCCAUGGCCGUUUGUGGUUCUACUCGACUACCCACAAGCUCUGAACGAUCCUCACAUUCUUCUUGUCCGAUUAUUGUUGUUGAUGUUGGCGGGUCCACUCUACGUGUUGGGUUGGUUAAUGUUGAUCCGAAGACGGGUGACCUUGGUGGCACCAAAACAAACCCAAAUACCUUAAAAGGCGGCUGCCCGUCUCGGGAAUGGGACUUAAGUGGAUGCCAGCAGAUGAGUGGUCGCGAGGUAUUUGCGUGGCUGGCAGGUCGGAUUCGUGAGGCUGUUGCAGAGCACUAUGUAACUACUACAGAGGCAUCAGUUACAUUGUUGAGCGAUAAAGAAAACCAAAAUAUUAACGGAAACAUACACUACAAUAACACAUGCUGGCCGGUCGCAGUGUCCUGGUCAUUCCCCGUGAUUCCCAAAGACCACGGUCGUUCGGCUUCCGUUGUCGACAUGGGAAAAGGCUGGGCCCGCGUCGCUUCCGAUAUUGUAGGUUGGGACUUGCGGGCAGCUUUUGCUCAAGGGUUUGCGGAUGCUGCUGAGAAGGAUGCCAAUAGUCUCAAAAGGUUGCCACAGAUGGAGGUCUGUGCCGUGGUUAACGAUUCAGAAGCAGUGCUACUUUCGGCCGCAUACCGGGACCCGUACACGAAGAUUGCCCUUAUUUUAGGUACGGGUGUAAAUGCUGCCGCUCUGCUCCCCUCGCCAUUUCCUGGUCCUGCAGAGUUUAUCAUUGUCAACACGGAGCUUUCGUUACUUGGAGGGUCCGCUGAUACGUCACAGGACCUUGAUCAAAACUAUUUGCCAACCACAAGUUGGGAUAAGCAGGUGGAUGCAGCCUCGCAAAGACCUGGGUUCCAGCCGCUGGAAACAAGAGUCGGGGGAAAGCACUUGGGCGAGCUUGUCCGUAGGUGUCUAGUACAUGUCAGUAACGGUAACAAAAGCGCGUGGAACAAUGUACCGCCAUACGGGCUUAGUACAAAAACCAUGGCCUAUGCGACGGCGCUUGAGGAUGCGGAACAGGUGAGGAAGUAUUUGGAAACACAUGUUCCACGUCUCGUGUUGGAAAACACAGACCACAACGCCGUAAGACUGGCUGUGCGUGUUUUUGAUGCCGUGAUGAGUCGCGCGGCGAGUCUUGUGGCCGCACAUCUCGUGGCCCUCGCACAGCUCAUUUCCCUCCCCACCACCUCUUGUCCACAGCCACCUAUUCCCACAUCAAAAUUGUUUUCACCCCUUGUGAUUGCCUGUUGCGGAUCUGUGGUUGUCAAGUAUCCCGGGUUCAUGGCCCAGUGCCAGAACUCUGUAACGCAACUUGCAAAACGACACCUCCCCAAGGGUGUGGAUAUUAGGCUAAGUGUAGGCGCCGAUGGAUCCUUGUAUGGACCAGCGGUUGCAUGUCUUCUCAACAUGCAAUCAUCUGAAUCAACCAGGCAUAAUUAA